CCCAUCUUCUGGUAGCUACGCGAACUUCUACGCUCCGGAAAUGAAUGAAGUCUCCCAUCAUUCAGUGCGUGUUUUCUGUUUUUGGAGUAGAAGGCAAUAUGGGUCGUGUUAGGACAAAGACCGUGAAGAAAGCGGCUAGAGUAAUAAUAGAAAAGUAUUAUACUAGAUUGACACUGGAUUUUCACACUAAUAAAAGAAUAUGUGAAGAAAUCGCAAUCAUUCCGAGUAAGCCAUUGAGGAAUAAAAUCGCAGGAUUUGUUACUCACCUCAUGAAGCGCCUGCGACAUAGCCAGGUCCGUGGUAUUUCCAUCAAACUGCAAGAAGAGGAGAGGGAACGCCGUGAUAACUACGUUCCAGAAGUGUCUGCCCUGGAACAUGACAUCAUUGAGGUGGACCCUGAAACAAAGGAGAUGCUGAAGAUGCUGGAGUUCAAUAACAUUGUUGGACUUCAGCUUACACAACCUGCUACACAGUCUUUUGGGCGUCGUCCGUAAAUGUUUCAGUUUUGUGUAUUAUAAAUAAAGUAUAAGCUGGUUCCAAAGA